AAGUGACCACUCAACUUUCGCAUUCGCAUAGCAACUUUUGUAUAUUCUUCUGUUGUUGCGGUCGCGGUAAUUGUAGUCUCAGUGCAAUUUGUGUAAACCAUCAAAAAAAAUAUAUUUAUUUUUUGUUUUAUCUCAAAAAAUAAAAACCUAAACAAAAAAAAAUAUAAAUUAGAACUAAACUGAUAUCGAAAGGCUUUUUGAUAAAACGACACUCGAAACCCUCUGAAAUGGCAACAAAAAUACAACACUUAAAAUUCUUAUCAAAUUCUUGAAGCAAACUGAAAAUUAUUGGUCUUUCACUUUUGGUGGUGUUUUAAAAUUGAUACAACUCCGGAAAGAGGAAGUAAACUGAUAGUGAUAUAUUAUUUUGUUUUUAACAUAAAAUUGUAUUUUAAAAACAAAAUACAAACAAAAAUGAGCGGAAUAAUAUGGCGAGAACUAUUUCCCACAAAGUUAACAUGUUUAAUUUUUAUAUUUUACAUGUCUUUGUUUAUAAGCCAAGGCAUAUUGGUGACGGCAUCUCAAGAGUCUAAUAACUCAUAUAGCUAUAAUACCGUGACAGUGGUGCUAUUGACCGAAGUCUUGAAGUUAGUUAUAUCAACUACCUUAUAUUGUAGAGAUCAUACAAUCGAUUCAUUAUUUAAAGACAUAAAAAAGCAUUCCAAUGUGAUGAUGUUGUACUUUGUGCCGGCAUUUUUAUAUUGCCUGUAUAAUAAUUUAGCUUUUGUCAAUUUAUCGACGUUCGAUCCGACGACCUAUUAUUUACUUUUACAAUUGAGAGUUGUCAUUACCGGCAUAUUAUUUCAGGUGAUCUUUAAAAAAUACCUCACACAACGACAAUGGCUCUCUCUGAUCCUCCUGACAGUGGGAUGCAUGCUCAAGCAAUUCAAUUUCAAUGCAAUAAGUCAAUCUGACUCUGGUGCCAACAUCUUCCCCCAAAACAACUCGACGCAAACAUCAACAAAUGUUGAAGAUGGCUCAAAGCUUUCAAACAAAAAUACAACCGGUUUCGAUUUGAGCAUAAGUGCUGUUUGGAUUCUAGUCCAAACAAUAUGUUCCUGUUUGGCUGGCGUCUACAAUGAAUACCUGCUCAAGGACAAAGGUGCCGAUGUCGACAUCUUCGUGCAGAAUGUUUUUAUGUACUUUGACUCCAUCGCAUGCAAUGCUGGCAUUUUGAUUUUGCGUGGAGAACUACUUGAUGCUUUUACAUUCACAAACAUCCAGUCGGUAUUCCGUUGGAGUGUUGUGGCAAUAAUCAUCAAUAAUGCAGCGAUUGGUAUCGUGACGAGUUUCUUCCUGAAAUACUUGAAUUCAAUACUCAAAACUUUUGCCAGCGCCUUAGAAAUUCUAUUCACAGCAGUAUUAUGUUAUUUUCUAUUCGCAAUACCUAUUUACAUAAACACAGUUCUGGCCAUAGCUGUUGUUUCAUUUGCCAUUUACUUGUACUCACAGAGUCCGGUGGUGAAUCAGGGCAAAGUUGUUAGACAACAACAGCAAGGUUCAUCAUAUAAAUCGGACGCGAUGUCUAGUCGAAAACUGCUGGAUACAGAUACCGAUCUGGACAUGGAAGAAGUUUAGAAUUAUAGUUUCUUUUUUUUAAUUUAAAUGCUUGUCUAUUUAUGUAUAUGCCUAUACUUAACCAAAUGAUGAUACAAAAAAUAAAACAAUUUAUUUUUUUAUAGAAAAAAGAAAAA